AUGAGUACUGCAUAUUUUUAUUUCGAAGUGGAGGCCGAUCUGAGCGGUGAAAUGCGACCAGAGCUAAUAGUGCAACAAUUGAUAAGUGAAGCGGGAAAACAACUUUUUGGUGAAUGUGGGGCCCCCCAAGCUGACGUAUUGAAAGUGAGUCCAAGAGGAAAUAUUUUGCUACGUGUUCACGCACAUCAACACCGUCGCUUACGUGCUGCACUCGCUCUGUGUCCUAAAACAGUGAGAGUAUGUGCAGAAGCACCAUCACUCCAGGCUCUAAUUUAA